CAAGCUGGCAUAUCUCGCAUUUCGCCAUCUCGACAUUUCCAUCUCAUCUCUUUUCAGUCGCCAUGGCCUCGCCUCUACCGCCCACCGCCGCCUCUGAGGCGCCCACUUCGGCGCCCGAAAUCGUCAAUCCGCCCUCGGCCGCACCCGUACCCCCUCCCCCCUCGGAGCCAGCCGCCGCAGCGCCCGCGCAGUCCGAGCCGGAAGGCCCCGAAGUCACCAUCGCGGGCUGGGGCACGCUCAAGCCCUCGCACCCGCUGCUCCGCUUCCACGCGCGCCUCGCGGGGAUCAUCGACGCGGCCUCGCACCGCCAAAUAUGGGGCGUGACGCUGGACGGCGCGACGCCGACGUUCGCCACCCUCCUCAUCCUACAGAAGUACCUCCGUUCCGUGGCCGACGAUGUCGACGCGGCGGCCGCCGCGUUGCAGAGCACGUUGGUGUGGCGCCGCGAGUUCGGGCUCGACGCCGCGCCGAUAUGGGAGGAGCAGUUCGAGGGGUUUGAGGGGCUCGGGUACGUCACGCACCUGUCCACGGGCGAGGUCGUGACUUGGAACUUGUAUGGCGCGGUCAAGGACUUGGGCGCGACGUUUGGUGAUUUGGACAAAUUCCUCCGAUGGCGCAUCGCACUCAUGGAGCGCGCCAUGUCGCACCUCGACCUAGCACACACCACCACCGGCAUCCCGGACCACGGGGCGGGCGCCGACCCCCACCGCAUCGCCCAAGUACACGUGUACAGCGGCGUCUCCUUCCUGCGGCUCGACCCGCGCGUCAAGGCCGCCAGCAAAAAGGCCAUCGAAACCAUGGCGGCGCACUACCCCGAGACGCUGAGCCGCAAGCUGUUCGUCGGCGUGCCGCUGCUCAUGUCGUGGGUGUUCGCGGCCGUGCGCGUGUUCGUGAGCGCCGAGACGGCGCGCAAGUUUGUCGUCGUCAGCUAUGAGGAGAGCACGGCGGGCGAGCUCGGCGACAAGGAGGUGCCGCGGCGCUUUGGGGGCGCCGCGGGCGAGCUGGUGGAGCUCGAUCGCGUGGCGCAGGCGCAGGCGGAUAAGCUAGCGACGCGCGCGCCGCAGGUGCCCCCGAGCGAGGUCGACUAGAGAGAUGGGUUGGUAUAGAGUAUGUACACUGGGGCUUGGACGAUGGCCGAGGGAUGGGCGAGACAGUGCGGUGGUGCGGAAAGGUGAGAGCCGCUCAACUGGUUCAACUUGGAAUGCUGGCAGCAUUACUGCCCUUCGUUGGAGUCCAGUGCUCACUCGCACGCUGGUCUGCACCGACCCGAGCCUCAGUCUAAAGUCCGAGUCGGGGCAGCUCUGGACAAGCGCCACCUCCCAGUGUAUGGUGUGUAUGAUGCACUAACGGUCUUCGUCAGCCG